GCUCGAGCCACUUGCCGUGCUUCAUUAGCGCUAAUAACACUCAGUUUCCAUGGUGACUCGCACGCCCUCCCCCGGCUCCUGCUGCCUGUCUCUCUCUCUCUCUCUGCUUGCUUCCAUCAUGGCUCCUGCAGCAGACAGGCCCGGUUACUGGGGCCGGCCUACCUCCACCCUGGAUUGGUGUGAGGAAAACUACAGCGUGUCCUUCUACAUCGCAGAAUUCUGGAAUACUGUGAGUAACCUGAUUAUGAUUCUACCUCCAGUCUAUGGUGCCAUCCAGACUCUCCGAGACGGCCUUGAAACCCGCUACGUCUUUGCGUAUGUGGGACUGGCAGCGGUUGGGAUUGGGUCUUGGUGCUUUCACAUGACCCUGCAGUAUGAGAUGCAGUUACUAGAUGAAUUGCCGAUGAUCUACAGCUGCUGUGUGUUUGUGUACUGCUUGUAUGAGUGUUCCAAGCAGAAGACCGGGCUGAAUUAUUUUCUGAUUUUUAUAUUGCUAGCCUUCAGUGUUUCAGUGACUACAGUUUAUUUACAGUGGAAGGAGCCAAUAUUCCACCAGGUUAUGUAUGGAGUACUGGUUGCAGUUUUAGUUUUGAGAUCUGUAUUUAUAGUGACAUGUGUGUACCCAUGGCUAAGAUCCCUUGCAUAUACAUCACUCAGUGUAUUUCUGAUGGGAUUCUUACUGUGGAAUGCAGACAACAUGUUCUGUGACACAUUGAGGGAUGCCAGGCAAAAGAUGCCUCCUGUUAUCGGCGCUGUCACUCAGUUUCAUGCCUGGUGGCACAUUCUGACGGGCCUCGGCUCCUACCUACACAUCCUGUUCAGCCUGCAUACGAGAUCGCUUUACCUCAAGCACAGACCGAAAGUAAAGUUCAUCUGUGGGGUGUGGCCAGUGAUCUGUGUGGAGCCUCUGAAGAACCACUGAGGAAGCGCAGUGUGGUGGAGACUCCUCUCGACAGCAGCUCCCUCCCAGCCCUGUGACAUGAAGGCAUUCCUGCUGCACUGAGAUCAAACUGCAUGGAUGCCUGGAUCCUAUCUCAGAGCAGGGCCACUUCCAUUUCCAUGUGUGACAGUGUGAGAAAGUGGAGAACGAUGGCUAAUAAGGGAAGGUGCAUUUUUAUUAAAUGGCUGAAUGUGUAAUCAUGUAGAU